AUGGCCCACUGCGAUAAUGUGCACCUUUUCAUGCGUCUGUCAGCCUGUCGUGAUAGCCAUUGCACCGCUAACACAAUCACUAUGACGCCCGAUUGGCCGGCCAGCAAAGGCCAAAGUCGGGACAUCAACCGCCUCUAUACCGCAGGUAUGUUCGGCCCUCCCUUCUCCUCCAAGCCAGCCUACAUCAGCCGAGUCAAUGAGCACACUGCCUCACCCCUGGUCGUUUGUGCCGAGCAGACGAGCGUAAGCGCCCACACUAUUGUUGCCAGGCCUUCACAUUCAUGA